UAUCAACAACUCAAAGUAAACAUCAUCAACUUGACUAUUUAUUACGCUUGCAGGCGUCGUUUGAACAACACUCUGUUAUGAUUUCAUUUGUCGUUUUCAUCAGUUAGACUGAUAGCAAGGAAUUUUAAGAUGUUCAAAUAUACUCAAGCUGCGUGCAUUAUAUGUUUGGUGGUUAUCAACGCUUUCUUAUUUACCUUUGCUGUCAAUGACAUUGAAAAUGAAUGGAAUAGAUUCAAGUUGAAGUAUUCAAAAGAGUAUAAAAGUGAUGCCGAAGACUUGUUUCGCAUGAAUAUUUUCAAAGAAAACCAACAGAAAAUUGCCCAACACAAUGUAGCCUUCGACAAAGGAGAAGUUCCAUUCAAAACGGCAUUGAACAAGUUUGCCGAUUGGACAAACGAUGAAUUCGUUCAAAUAAGUGGCAGAGUCGAUACUUCUGAUCAAACGGCACCAAAAGAUACGAACAAUGAUGUCAACAAGACAAUUAUAGAUUCAACCGUAUUUGUUUCACCAGCCAAUGUAAUAAUUCCACCGUCGGUAGAUUGGAGGGAGAAGGGUGCUGUCAAUGAAAUCAAAGAUCAAGGACGUUGCGGCUCAUGUUGGGCAUUUGCGGCUAGCGCUGCAUUGGAAUCGCAUCAUUUCAUCAAGACCGGACAGUUGGUGUCAUUGUCCGAGCAAAAUAUUAUUGAUUGCUCAACUGAAUACGGAACCCAUGGAUGUAACGGCGGUUUUAGAUACUAUGCUUUCCAAUACGUUAAGGAUAAUGGUGGCAUUGAAUCUGAAGAAUCUUAUCCGUACGAAGGCACCGAUAAUAACACCUGUCGAUACAAUCCAAAGAACUCAGUUACCACUGAUCAUGGUGUCGUCGAUAUUCCGGAAGGAGAUGAAACGGCAUUAGUCGCGGCUCUUGCCACCGUCGGCCCAGUCUCCGUUUCCAUUGAUGCAACGCACUAUUCAUUCCGAUUCUAUUCUACCGGCGUGUACUUCGAACCGGAAUGCCUUUCGCAAAAUGUGAAUGGUCACGCUGUGUUGGCGAUUGGCUAUGGAACGGAUGAAAAUGGACAAGAUUACUAUCUUAUCAAGAACAGCUGGAGUACCUCAUGGGGAAAUGCCGGAUACUUCAAAUUGGCACGCAACAAGAACAAUCACUGCGCUAUCGCUUCAGCAGCUUAUUAUCCACUUUGACAAAUUUCAUUCAUUGUUUUUAUUUUGUGUUCAACACAGUCUAGACAAAAUCUGCUUUUCACUCAAGUAAUAAAGAACAAACGUUUGAGAUAAAAUUAAUCUUUCGAGAAAAUCCUGUAUUUUUGUUAACCGGAUUGUAAAUUGUAGCACAAUAUACAUCGAUAUACAUUGCCACCAGAGAUUAUUGGAAGAAGAACUGGACAAUUCUCCAAAUAUAGUAUAAAACAAACUGCUGAACAAUGAACCCAAUUCGAUUUGUUAAUCCACACACAUGUUGGUCCGAACAAAGAGAUCGUCAGAGUUACUUAUUAGCUUGAUUGGAUUGAAUCGUUUGGCCAAAUUUGCUUCAUCUCAUACAAUGUUACAUUUAUUUAUUCAACACAUUUUUGGUUAUAGGCAUAAUAUAUAAAUCUGUAACGAAAACUCUAUAAAAGAUUAUUUUACAUUAAUUGUUUCUACGAUGAUAUGACUUAUCGUUUCAUUCUGGAAAUAAAGUGAAUGGGACUUGGCAUUGAAGCUUCCAUGGAUUAUUUACAUGCUUCAACUUUAAAUUACUUAGUCGCAAGCUUAAUACAACAAGAGCGCAUUUAAUUUGCAAUGAAAUGCUCAGAAGUUAUUUUUCAAAAGAACGAAAUGUGUAUAUUGAUGAGUUGAACUUUUUGAGUGCUACUUCCGUUCAUGUAUCCAAAAAAUGGUUAUUUCUCUCCUUUUUUUUCGAAGUGAGUGUAUUAUACAUUUAUAUAAGUCAAACAUUUACACUGUCUGAGAUUAAACGAGAUGAUUGUGCACUGGAAUAUAAUAAAUUGUAACAAUUCCGAAAUUUAAGCACUAGCACUAACUAAUUUUAACACGAUUUGUUCAUAUGUGUAUUCUUCUGUUGAGAUGAAAGAGAUCGUAUUCUUUUCUUUCAUUCAAUUCAUAGUUGUUUUUUUAUUAAGUCAUCUAUUAUGAUUAUUCGUUCGGAUUAAUUUAAAAUGUUGAAACUUUUCAAUAAAACUACAAGAAAUAA